AUGUUGGCGUCAGACAACCGACUGAUCCUUCCUGAUAGGGCUUCCAAGGCAAGUUUCCAUGCAGCCAAGGCGACAAGAUCAUUGAUGGCGUACAUCGUGGCUGCAAAUCCGGCGAAGGUAGCGAUACAAGAGGACAAAGUCGCGUUUGCCAAUAGUGUUGGAAAAUGGAUGGAGAACAAAGUAGCGCGACACAAGUAUCUGAGGGGAGGAGUUGUGAUCAUGGAUGUUAUACCCAAAAGCGCUGCUGGAAAGAUCUUACGCCGUGAACUUCGAGAACGGGCGAAGACGGAGGUUGCGACGGAGCCAGCAAGAGCUAGGCUCUAA